GCACAUAAUAUUCAAAACAUUCUCAAAAAUCUUUCUACUUCUCGCACAUCCUCAAAAGCUCAUUAUAUUGGUCAUUUACAAUAUAUUCACCAAAAUUAUAAUGUACUUCAUACUUAUUAUGGUGCUAAAAGAUUUCGGCAGAUUAAAUUUGAUAAUUAUGUUGGAAAGCAAAAGGCAUUAUCUAUAAUAUGUCGAAAAAUUAUUGGAAAUAAAAAGGAUCAUUAUAGUAAUUCAGUUGUUAUUGCUUAUGGAGCAGGUAGCUUCUCUUCUUCUUCGCGAGGACAUGCAUCAGGUCCUAUAAAACAACUUUUUGCAGAACUUAAGAGACGUUGCUGCACUAGGCUUGUUUCUGAAUUUCGAACCUCACAAAUUUGCUCCCAAUGUAAAGAUAGAUUUACAUAUCCACAACGUUAUUAUGCUUUGAAAGUUUGCAGAUCGAAUUGUCUAACUCUUUGGAAUAGGGAU